UUGAUCACGAUACAGUUCCAUUACAUUACUACUAGCCCUUGAUUAUGACAUAGUUCCAAUAAACAUACAAGAGUAAUUGGAAGAAUGAGUCUUCUGUACAGGGAUGUUUUAUUAAGCCCCAAAGCCCUUUCUGAACGUUAACACGCAUCGCUUGCGGUACGGUUUUGGAAGCAUGAGGAUUUUGUAUUUGAUAUCCGAGAGAAAUAAUAGCGCUUUUGUUUACGGACACAAGUCAGUGGACUACCUGUUCUAAUUUCUUAGCUAUCUUCGUCUCUGAACACCUAACGUGUUACCUUCUGCAACAAACAACAAUGGUGAAGGAAACCGGCUUUUAUGAAAUGUUGGGUGUUAAGCCCAAUGCCACUCCAGAUGAGCUGAAAAAGGCUUAUCGUAAGCUGGCCUUGAAGUACCACCCUGACAAGAACCCUACGGAAGGGGAGAAAUUUAAGCAGAUCUCUCAGGCAUAUGAAGUGCUAUCGGACUCCCAGAAGAGAGAGGUGUACGACCGGGGUGGGGAGAAAGCCAUAAAAGGAGGGGGCAGUGGCGGGGGUUUUGGAUCCCCCAUGGACAUCUUUGACAUGUUCUUUGGAGGAGGUGGCCGAAUGCACCGGGAGAGGAGAGGAAAGAAUGUUGUUCAUCAGCUCACUGUCUCUUUGGAAGACCUCUUCAAUGGCGUCACGAGGAAACUUGCUGUCCAGAAGAAUGUUAUUUGCGAGCGAUGUGAAGGUCGCGGGGGAAGGAAGGGCGCGGUGGAGAUGUGCAUGUCCUGUCGGGGCACGGGCAUUCAGGUGCGCCUCCACCAGCUGGGCCCGGGCAUGGUGCAGCAGGUGUCCACUGUGUGUGGGGGCUGCCAGGGCCAGCGCAUCAGCCACAAGGACCGCUGCAAGGCCUGCAGUGGACGCAAGAUCCUGCGGCAGAAGAAGAUCCUGGAGGUCCACAUUGAUAAAGGUAUGAAGGAUGGACAGAAGCUAGUUUUCCAUGGGGAGGGAGAUCAGGAGCCAGAACUAGAGCCUGGUGACAUCAUCAUUGUCCUGGAUCAGAGAGUCCAUCCUGUCUUCACCAGGCAAGGGGAAAAUCUGACCAUGACUAUGGAGCUGCAGCUGGUGGAGGCCCUGUGUGGUUUCCAGAAGCCUGUUCAAACUCUGGACAACCGAAGCCUCCUCAUCACCUGCCACCCAGGGGAAUUGAUCAAACCUGGCGACAAGAAGUGUGUCCUGAAUGAGGGGAUGCCCAUACACCGCCGGCCGUUUGAAAAGGGACGCCUCAUUAUCCUCUUUUCGGUGGUAUUCCCCACAGCCAACUUCCUCCCCAAGCACAAGCUGAAGGAGCUAGAGCACUACCUUCCUUCCAAGAGUGAGGCGGAGCAGCCUGAGAGUAUGGACGACGACCUCUACAUCUACGCCGACCUGGAAGACUGUGACCCGGCCAGAGUAAGACGCAGUCAAUACCACUACAUGGUGGAGGAUGACUACCCGUCUGCUGGUGGGGUCCAGUGCCAGACCUCAUAAGACCCCCUCACCUCACUCCAACCUCUAACCCCAGGCCCCUCCGGAAACAUGCACAAUCUGCAUCUUUAAUUUUUUAUUCUCUUAACUUACAAUGCUAACUGUGGUGCUGAAGCGGUCCUUUGGGCCCGAUACCUGGAUCUACGUUCCAAUGCGACUUGGCUGCCUUUUAGUUGGAUCGUGUGCCUGAGUGGAUGAAAUACAUUUCUGGUUCAAUCCCUUAGAUUGAGAUUUUGGAAGCGCUAUGGAUGCUGUCACUGACUUUUUUUUUAAAGUGUUUGUAUAUUAGCAGGUUUUGAAUACCCGCUGUCUUGGCUUUUUUUUGCUUCCAAAGGUCACGAAAUAAGAUAGUUGGAAGCUAUAAUUCAUGUUGUCUAAUUGAAUCCUCGCAGUGAAGAACCAUAUAGGCCUUUGUGCAUAUUGGUCCAUUUUAGAAUAAUGAAAUGUUUUUGUAUUCUACAUUAGCAUAGUUGAAAGAUACUUGCCAAAUAUUACACUUUUGUUUUUAUUCAUUUUUAAUAAUGAUGUAAUGAUGCAUGUUCAUCUCCAUUUCAUAAAAUGCACAUUGGCCUUGUGGUUCUUCAUCUGAAUCAUCCUAUCUUCUGUAGUAUGUCAUACUUCUUUAUGUUCAACUGACGAUGGAAAAAGUUAUUUACCCCAUUUGUACGAUCUACAGCUGUCUAAUCUGUUUAAUUCUACCACUCUUCAUGGGAAUUAGUCAAACUGUAAAUAAACUUUCAAUAGGCCUCAA